AUUUGUGGCUUUAGAAUUUACCAAAACUUACAGCUUUCUAUCCUGGAAUAUAUACUUGGGAAUUGCCGAUGUUAAAAGGGUUGGUGGUGCAAGAAUGUGAAAAUUUCACUUUAAAAUAUCUAAGCUUCCAAGAAAAUUCAUUUCAUAUUCCAGAGCCAAACCCCAUAUGCUUGGAGCAUAAGGUUAUUUUCACCAAUUUGAUGGCCUUGGAAUUGAAGAAUAUUAGUUGUGGAAAGAUUUGGGACAACCCAUUUCCAACACUUAUGUCUUCCUCUUAUCAGAAUUUGACACGGUUUAUCUUGAUGAGUUGUGGAAAAAUAAAAUAUGUGUUUCCAUAUUCUAUUGUCAAAAGCCUCCAUACUCUACAACACCUUGAAAUAAUGGAUUGUGAGGUUUUAGAGGAGAUUGUUGCGGAAGAAGAAGGAGCAAAAACUACUGUUAAUUUUGCCUUUCCGCAGGUUACAUAUUUGAGGCUUGAGAAAUUGCCAAAUCUUGCAGCUUUUUAUUCUGGAAUACAUACUUGUGAAUUGCCGAUGUUAAAAAGGCUGGUGGUGAAAGAAUGUGAAAAAUUCACUUCAAAAUAUCUAAGCUUCCAAGAAAAUUCAUUUCAUAUUCCAGAGCCAAAAUCCCUUUGCUUGGAGCAUAAGAUCAACUUUGAUUUGGAGGAAUUGGAAUUAAUGAUCAAGUGGACACAGAUUACAUGGCAGAGUCGAUUUAAAACUCUUUCGAUCAAAUUUGAUGAGUCAGCAAAUAUUUCACUUGAGCUCCUUCAAAGAUUUGAAAAUCUGGAAGUGCUUCAACUAGCUGGGUGCAUAUACAAACAAAUUUUCUCAUGUGGAAAGGAUGAGAAACAUAUGCAAAUCACUCUAGGACCAUCCUUAGCUUCUUUCCAGAAUCUUAGAGUUCUGAAUGUAAGUUGGUGCAUAGAGCUGAUGAAGUUAAUGACACCUUCAACGGCUAGAAGCUUGGUGCAGUUGAGAGAAUUGAACGUAGAGGGAUGUGAAAUGGUGAUAGAAAUAGUAGAAAAUGAGGGAGAUGCAACAAUGAAUACUGAAAUUGUUUUUGAAAAUUUGAAGAAGUUGUUAUUUAGAAGAUUAGAAACUCUCAUUUGUUUUUGCUCUGGGAAUUACUCUUUUAAUUACCCAUCUUUGGAAGAGUUAACCAUAGGAGAAUGCCCCAAUAUGAAGACUUUCUCUCAAGGAAUCUUAAGCACACCAAAGUUACACAAAGUCAAUUAUGAGAGGUUCAAUGAGACUAGUAUGAAGUGGGAGAAAAUAAAAGAAGUAGAGAAUGAGGGGAAUGAUCUUAAUAAAAGCAUACAAGGAGCAUAUAAGAAACAGGACAUUUCCCUUGAUUUGAAGUAUAAGGCAUUCAAAGAUAUCAAUUCUACAGAGAUUUGCUACAACCAACAUCCAAAUUUCUUUUAUCAAAAUUUGACACACUUGUUCUUGUGGAAUUGUGGAAACAUAAAAUAUGCAUUUCCGUCUUCCAUAGCCAAAAGCCUCCACCAACUCCAACAACUAAAGAUUGAAAAUUGUGAAGUUUUAGAGGAGAUUGUUGCAAAAGAAGAAGGAGCAAAUGCAGUUGUCAAUUUUGUCUUUCCAAAUGUGACCUUAUUGCAGCUUCAAAAUCUACGCGAACUUACAGCUUUCUAUCAUGAAAGACAUACUUCUGAAUGGCCAAAGUUGAAAGAGUUGAUAUUGAGAAAUUGUGCCAAGUUAUCUUCAAAAUAUCUGAGUUUCAAAGAAAAUAGCGAGAGUGAACUUCAUAUUUCCAAGCCAAAAUCUCUCUUCUUGGACGAUGAGGUACAAAUCUUUUAUUUUAUUCUUUAUUGA